AUGACAACUCCCAUUCGACUGCCAAGUAAUCUCCCAUAUCCUGUGACCAUAGCGCAGCUAUGUGUUUCGACGGGUAAUUCCGUUGAAAAGGGUCAACGACUUUUUGUCUACAAGUAUUGGGAAUUGCAGGAUAUCGUGACAGCUCCAGAUGAAGAAAAUAGCAAGAAAAAACGAAGAGUUGACUUAGUAGGUACGUUUGAUUCUCCAGUUAGUGGAACUUUGGUUUCGCUGAAUGUUGCCGUCGGUGACGAAUUCGUGAACCAGUCUCAUAUAAUAGCAGAAGUGCAACAACCUUGUUCUCACGAUGUAACAUAUGGCGGGCUGUGUGUUGUAUGUGGGAAAGCUGUUGAGGAAGAGGAAGAUCAAAAUGCGGGAGAGGGCUCUUCGUAUAACACAAAACUUACUAUGGCGCACAAUAACACGAAUAUCUUGGUUUCAGAGCGUCAGGCGGCGACGAUAGGAAGAACGGCUCAAAAGCAGUUGAGAAAGCUUAAGAAACUAGUACUUGUUGUAGAUUUGGACCAGACUGUUAUUCAUUGCGGUGUCGAUCCUACGAUUCAGGAAUGGUCGCAGGAUCCGUCGAAUCCGAAUUUUGAUGCUUUGAAAGAUAUCAAGUCGUUUUCACUUGACGAAGAAGUCAUUGUGUCACCUUUUUAUAUGGGUCCAAAACCACCGGUGCGCAAAUGCAAAUACUACGUCAAACUACGGCCUGGACUUAAGGAAUUUUUUGAUCAAGUUUCCCCGCAUUUUGAGCUGCAUAUCUACACUAUGGCGACGAGAGCGUACGCUUUGGAAAUUGCCAAAAUAAUAGAUCCAGCUGGCGAGCUUUUUGGGGAUCGGAUUUUAUCUCGGAACGAAAACGGAUCCUUGACGCAUAAAUCUCUAGAAAGACUAUUCCCAAUGGAUCAAUCCAUGGUUGUUAUCAUCGAUGAUAGAGGAGAUGUUUGGAACUGGAGUCCAAACCUUAUCAAAGUUGUGCCCUAUGACUUUUUCGUUGGUGUGGGGGACAUCAACUCCAAUUUCUUGCCUAGGCAGCAAAGCUCAAUGCUUCAUUUGGGCAGAAGACAUCGGAAAAAGUCAGAAGAAGAAGAGCUUCUAACAGACAUCCUCGAUAAUGAGAAGAAGCUUCAAGAGAAAAUCGACCAGGAGGUCAAGAAGCAAGAGGAAAAAUUGAAUAAAAUUAGAGAUGAAAGCCAACCCGAGAGACCCAUACAGAAGGAAGACCUAACAAAAAAACUCGAGCAUAACGCAUCAUUAGAAGUUCAGCAACAAAACAGGCCACUUGCCGAAUUACAAAGGCAUCUGCAUAACCAAAAACUACUCAUAGACGACGACGACGAACUCCCGCACUUGUCUAAAAUAUUAUUGCACGUCCAUCAGGAAUACUACCGAGUGCUAGAAUCCGCGUCGGCCUCAGAAGAACCUGACAUCAAGAUUCUCAUGCCUCAAAUUAAGGGAAAGGUCUUCGCCGAUUGUCAUUUUGUAUUUUCAGGUCUCAUUCCACUAGGCACCGACAUCCGCACCGCUGACAUUGUUCUCUGGACUAGCAUGUUUGGUGCAGCUACUUCUUCAGGCAUAGAUGACCAGACAACCCACGUUAUCACCAAGACGCCUGGAACUCUCAAAGCGCGUCUUGCCAAGGGUUUCAAUCCACAAAUCAAAGUCAUACAUCCAGAUUGGAUUUUUGAGUGUCUUGUCAAAUGGGAGCGGGUUGACGAAAGACCUUAUGAGUUGCUUGUAGAACAAGAAGCAAGCGAAGAAGAAUUAUCUACUUUCAAGAAACGACUCGAAGAUAAAAAAAAGAUUGAUCUCUUAGCUGAACAAGGUGCUACGAACGAUGAACGUUCCAAAGCCAACAUGGUUCUCUUAGAAGGAAAUGACUCCUGGUUAGAUGACGACGAAGAUGAGAUGGAUGAAUUUUUGAACGAAGACGAUGACGAAACGAAAGCUGAACUUUCUCAUGACACACAAAACUCGCAGCUUGAUGCUAGCCAUGAUGACGAUGCAUCGACUGCAAAAGAUGUUCCAACUACGGACUUCUUCCCAAUCAAGAGAAGAUUAUCUACUGAGUUAGAACCUUCACCAAAACGGCCCCAUAUCGAGUUUCAAGGCCCUUCAACCGAUGGAGGCGAGGAUGAAGACUUAGAAGCGGAGCUCCUGCUUGAGCUGGGAGACUAG